AUGGAGAUCGAGACGGAUCAGGUGCUGGGCUACGGGUGCCAAGGGACGGUGGUGUACCGCGGGAGGAUGGGGGGGAGGGAGAUUGCGGUGAAGAGGAUGGUCAAGGACUUCGUGGAGGUGGCGGAGCAGGAGGUGAAUCUCCUGAUAUCCUCCGACAUGCAUCCCAACAUCGUGAGGUACUUUGACACAGAACGAGACAGCUGCUUCCUCUACCUCGCCUUCGAGCUCUGCCAGUGCACCCUUGCUGCCCUCGUCGACAAGCUCUCCUCCUCCCCGCUCGACCCCCUCGCCUCUCUCUUCCGCCCGCACGUUGCCAUGCUCGAGCUGGUCGGCGGCGUCUGCCACCUGCAUGGCAUGAACAUCGUCCACCGAGACCUGAAGCCCGUGAAUCUGCUCAUCACUGAGAGCGGGAGGAUCAAGAUCAGCGACAUGGGCCUCUCCAAGAAGCUCGACCACGAGCACGCGAGCUUCGAAACUUCCUCCGGCACGUUGGGAUGGCGAGCAGCCGAGCAGAUCAGAGGGGAAAAGUGCAGCAUCAAGGUCGACUCGUUCGCGCUGGGCUGCAUCCUGUACUACGUCAUGACCAAGGGCUCCCAUCCCUUCGGGGAGCGGGCGAGGAGGGAGAGCAACAUCCUAGCGGACAAGCCGGACGUGAGGAGAGUAUGGAAAGAGCGCGAACUCUCUGACCUCAUCCUCCGCCUCGUCGCCCAUGACCCGCGAUCGCGACUGAGCAUGCAGGAGGCAAGCAAGCAUCCGUUCUUCUGGGAAGCUUCCAAGAGGCUUCAGUUCCUGUUGGACGUCAGCGACAGGAUCGAGCAUGAAGGAGCAGAAGCGCAGAUAGUGCAGGAGAUCGAAGGCUGCAGCCCGAGGAUCUUUCAUCCUACAUGGGAGAAAUAUCUGCAUGUGGACCUCAUCACCGACCUCGGGGGAGGAGAAGGUCAACUGCCCUGCCCUUCCUCCUUCGUCAAAGACCUCCUGCGAGCUAUCAGGAACAAGAAGAGCCACUAUCACGACCUACCCCCUCCCCUCCAGCAGACCGUGGGGCCAGUCCCCGACGGCUUCCUCUCCUACUGGACCAGCCGCUUCCCCGACCUGAUCAUGGAGAUGUUCUUUGUUCUGAGAACUUCCAGCGUGUGGGAGGAGGUGACGUUCAAGCCGUACAGGUGA